UGCGACGCAAUUACGUAACCAGGAAGUGGUUUGGCGGAGUCCCUUCUUUUCCAGCUUGAGCCUGGUCCUGGUAAUGCUGGCUCGGCUCGGACAGUGACAGAACUCGGUGAAGAUGCCUGUGGAGAGUCGGCCAGUCCGGGACGCGUCCAUACAUUUCCGUUUACUGCAGCAGUAUCUGCUUCUCCUGAAGAAAUACCCCAUUCUCACCAAGUCUGUGACCAGUGGAAUCCUCUCCACUUUAGGAAAUCUUUUGUCUCAGACUUUGGAGGCAAGAAAAAAGGCCAAGAAUGGAGCCCCAGUGGACGGGAUUGACACAACUGCAGCUGCACGCUACGCCAUAUACGGGCUGUUGAUUACGGGACCAGUGAGUCAUUACUUCUACCAGCUGAUGGAGGUGUGGUUGCCCACCACUGAUCCGUACUGUAUAGUCAAACGACUGCUACUGGACCGCCUUAUUUUUGCCCCUGGCUUUCUUCUCAUUUUCUACUUUGUGAUGAACAUAUUAGAGGCUAAAGGAUGGGAAGACUUUGAAAAAAAGAUGAGGGGAAGUUACAUGACUGCGCUGAAGAUGAACUGGAAAGUUUGGACUCCCUUUCAGUUCAUCAAUAUCAACUUUGUGCCUGUUCAGUUCAGAGUGCUGUUUGCCAAUGUGAUUGCCUUAUUUUGGUACGCCUAUCUUGCCUCAGUGAGGAAGUGACACUUCCUGAAGAUCUCUACAGAGACUCUGCUUUCAGUGGAAACUCCUCCUCCACAGUGCCUUUGUGUCGCACUUAUGAUUUCCACAGAAUGAACAUGAUACAAAACCAGACUGUUUAUUAUAACACAUACAACUGUUAACCUGUUUCUAAUCGGGUCCAUCAUUUUCAUAUACAUGCAGUUCUAUGGUUUAACAAAUACUGAUCCAUUGAAAUCUUCAUAAUGGGCUGCUGUGAUGUUUUUGAAACAUGACUGUAAUAACAGAACAUUAAAAAUGUAGUUUAUUUAAUUUAUUUUUUUAUCAAGCCAAAUUUUUACAAGAUGGUAAAUCUAAAAAUCAAUGAAUAGCAAGUUUUAAAUAUUGUGUUUUGUUUCUUACAUGAAUGUUUUGUUGCUCUCAUUCCCCUCCCCCCCACCCCCCGUUAUUUUUCUUUUUCCAAAUGCAAUGUGCACAUUUAGCAACAUUUAUUGGUGAAGUUGCAUGUUGGCAGCUGCAAAUUGCCUCACGUCACACUUCCCUGGAGAACCAGUAUGGCCUACAGUUUCAGUGUCAAAGCUCAAAAGACGUUUUGUUGUCCAUUCCGGGCUAUAGUUAAAAAAAAAAAAAAAAUUAAAAUCGACUGAUCCAGGUAUUAAAAAUAAGUAGAAUAACUUUAACUUCAAUGUCUGACAAAUGGAAAUACUGUUACACACUGCACCUGUAACACAGUUGUAUGUAAUUUGUCAAUUUAAAGCUGUAAUAGUUUUCCUUGUAUUGCCAAAAUGCAGAAUCUCCCAGUGAACCAUAUACAUACACACAGAACCACUGAUCACACCUAUGCACUAGUUUUUUUUGAAAUAACAAUAAAACUGAUAAAACUGU